CAUGUAUCUGCUUAUUUAUAUUGAUAUACUGCUGUGCUGUUUUACAAUUGUGAACCCAUUUUGCCCUUCUCAGUGUACAUGUAUAUACCAUGGAAGGAGUGAUGGGACAGGAACCAGAUCUGUGCUGUGCAACGAUCCAGAUAUGUCUGGCAUCCCACUCAACAUUCCAGUGGACACCGUUAAACUCCGCGUGGAAAAAACUGUGGUAAGAAAUAUUCCCACGGAAGCAUUUUACUACCUCGUGGACCUCAAAUAUUUGUGGGUGACUUACAAUUCUAUAUCUACAAUCGAUAGCAGCAGCUUUUACAACCUGAAAGUGCUUCACGAACUACGCCUUGAUGGAAACUUACUUUCAUCUUUUCCGUGGGAGUCGCUGCAAGAAAUGCCUAAUCUGCGAUCUCUGGAUCUGCACAACAACAGACUUACGACAGUCCCAGCGGAUGCGGGUCGGUACCUUCAAAACAUCAAAUAUUUAGAUAUUUCCAGCAAUAAAUUAACCACACUGCCAUCGGAUUUAAUAGAUAUUUGGCCACCGUUUUCGACAAGUGCGAACAUAGGCACGGAUUCACGUCCUGAACGAGUAAUAUUAGGUUUGCAAGACAACCCAUGGUUUUGUGACUGUAGAAUGUCAAAGCUGAUAGAGCUCUCCAAGACAUUUGAGAUGGCUAUUGUGCUUGUGGAUACGCUUCUGACGUGCAGUGGUCCUGAGAACCUGGCAGGAGUUCUCUUCCAGAGAGCUGAACUGGAACAGUGCCUAAAACCUUCAGUGAUGACCUCAGCGACAAAGAUUACCUCACCGCUGGGGAGUAAUGUUCUGCUUCGCUGUGAUGCUACAGGGUAUCCCACACCCAUUCUGAUCUGGACCAAAUCUGAUGGUUCUCCAGUGAACAACACAGUAGUUCAGGAGUCUCCAGGAGAAGGAAUCAGGUGGUCUAUUGUAAGCUUGAAUGGGAUUUUAUACCAGGAUGCUGGUGAAUACCAAUGUAAAGCUAAAAACCUUGCUGGGAUGUCCGAAGCUUCCAUCACUCUGACUGUGGUUGGAGUCAUCACCACAACAGCGUCUCCUCUGAGGUUUUCAAAGCGACUGAGAGCAGAACAGACUGUCACCACUCCGAUGAAAAUAGAACCGAUUACUAAAGGGUUAACAACACUGUCUCCUACAACUCUAGCUACCACCACACUAAGCAGCGUUCUGAAGAAAAAGCCUGUACAAACUAGCCAAACUAAGCCAGUUGCUGGGGGGACAAGGCCCACAAAGUCACAACCGGUUGUCAACAACCAAAAGCCACAACAGGAAGAUAGAAACACAACAACCGCAGCUGUAGUCCAAAAUAUCACCAUCAAAAACCUGCAAGUUGUGGAUCAAACUGAGCAGAGUGCAGUGGUGACUUGGGUGGUGCCUAAUGCCCCUAGAGGUGUUGCUCUGAAUGUGAUGUACUCAGCAUACGGUGUAAGAGAUAAGCAAAUGAUUAACACAGACACAGGGAAAAGCAAAAUCUCCAUUGAUGGAUUAAUUCCAAGCACUAAAUACACAGCGUGUGUGAGCCUAAAAGGAAGUCAACCUAAGAAAGACCAAUGUAUUGUUUUCUCCACAUUAGACGUUGUGACGGAAGACCCCCAGGCACACAUUCUGAUUGUUGCUGGCGGCAUCGCCUGUGCCAUUGCGCUGCCUCUGGUCAUUGUACUGCUUUAUAAAGUUUUGAAACUGUACUGUAAAAAGAGUGCUUCUGAGGGUGAUGAUCUUUCCAAAGAGACAUAUGUCAAAUUUGAGACAUUGUCACUGAAGCAGAAAGACAUAGGCUCUAAUGGAGACGUGUGGGCUCGCAGAAACACUUCCGAAUCAGAGAGAAUGCUCCUUUGUUCCAGGUCCAGCAUUGACUCCCAGAUGACCUUUAAAAGUGACAAUUACCAAUCAGAAUACUUAUACUAGUUUCUGUUGUGCGACACUCAACAAAGGAAGAAGUGGGGUGAAUUUAAUCAUGCUAUAACACAUAUCAGAUCAUUGUGAAAGAGUUAUGUCACACUAUGGACAAAGCCUACAGGCUGGAAAUGUGUUGUUAUGAACUAAUCCAGAUGUCUGAUGUACACUUGCUGUUCAGAAUCUGUGAAUCUGUGUGCAUUUUUUUACCCAAGAUGAUUAGAAUAGGAUUUGAACAUUGGAUUUGUGUGUGAUAGAGCCUUCAUUCAUUUCAGUCAAACUUGAACAGAAGUGAAAAUUGUGACAGUACAGUAGACAAGAGUAUUGCAAAUGCCCGCACAAAGGAAGGCAUUGUGUCCAACUAGUGGUUCAUCUUGAUAUUUUAUAGAAGAUUCAUUUGUAAGCAAGCUAACACUUGAUUGAUUUCAAUGAUAACUUGUGGUGUUUGGCCUAGAGAUGUUAAGCAACAUAAAAAGGUCUCUUAACCACGUAUUGCCUUUAUUGAGUAGCGCAGUGUUUUCAAUGUGGUUUUUUUAACCAAUGGUUUAUAAACCAUGUAUCCAAAACAGGACUAAACCUCUGUUUAUCUGGAGGGCUGUGCCCUGACAUUUUUUUCAAGUAAUAAUUCUCCACACUUGCAUACACCAACCUAUGGGGGAGAUAUAGGCCUGCAUUUUCCACUAUGGGAACUUGCAGGCAAAUUGUCCACUCCCUAGCAAAUGUAUGAAGUGGGUAAUUGGUGGAAAGUGUUUCAAAUAAGAUGUCAUUAUUUUCAACCUGUAUUCGUGAAUAUUACCUUUCAGAUUAUUUUAUUGGGUUUAAUGCAGUUUUGGUCUCUGUACUGUUUUGUUUUUUAACUGGAAUAACCUAUUGGUUCCCUGUUUUUUUGUCAUUCUGAAAUCUUAUCUUCAGAUAGGUAGUCAAUGUGCAUGACAGAAGUUAGAAGACUGUAUUGAAAAGGUUGUACAAAGCAGUACACAAUUUAUUGAACUUAUUGCCAAUAUUGUGAACUGAUUCUCUGGUAUCCUUCACACAGAAGACUGCAUGUUUCAUAUAAUAGCUAGAAGUGCAGGUUAAUACAAAACUUGAAUUGUAAUAGAAAUAUAACAGAAUAUCCCGUUUGUGUGUUUCGUGUUUUUCUGAAGAUUGUAUUUACAGUAUUGUUGUUCUGAUUAGUUAUUAUCAUUUUCUGUUUAUUUAACUGAUUAGAAACAUUGACAUCCAAACAUAUUGUAAGAAAUAGUACAGACUUAAUAUUUAUUUAUAGUUUAAUUACAAAAGAGGCAGUUUUCAUCAGGCACAUUGUGUAUCAAAUGUUCCUGUUUUUUUCCCCAUUUGAAAUGUUGAAUUAAAACCCAAGUUGCAAACCAUUGCCAUCCCCAGCUGUAAAUAAGUACCUAAUACAUUUAAUUCCACUUCCUGAAGAAAGACAUUCACAUCUGUCUAUAAACCUUUCUUCCUUCAUUUGUGUCUACUUUGACAAAUGGGAUUAACAGCUGGAAUUGUGUUAUUUUAUAUUUUUUGUCCAGAUAAGAAACUGUUUUAAGCAGCACCUAGGACUUCACAAAGGACACCCUAUGAACUCGAUGGUUGUCAUUAAUUAGAGACCAUCCUAAACCUUCUUCAAGGUGGAAUUCAGUUAAAUAUAGAAUGAAGUAACCUGAAAGCUCGUUUGUUAUCAUUGGAGUAUUGUGAAAGUAAUGCUUCAAGAAAAGCAUGGUUUGUUUUGCAUAUGGUAACAGCUUUAUGAGUAAUAUCCUUAUCGACAGUAUGUGAUUGUGUGAAAAAAGGAAGCUGUUUCACACAGUUACUUUUUGGCAGAGAGCACCACAAGUCAUAAUUAAUGUUUCUCAAUCAAAAACACACCCAGCAACCCUGUCAAUAAUUGGAAAUAGUGAGCGAUUCCCAGGGAUGAACCAGCCUCCAGCUGGUGUGCCUCCUGCCAAUGUUAACAGCUGUUCAGUUUUCAUUACAACAUUUGUACAGUUUGUUUUAUGCAUAUGUAUGGAAAGAAAA